AUGGAGGGUUCUGAUAAGGUUCUUUUGUCAUCAGCACCACCUAGGCGCUCUGUAACACAAGAGCCCUUUGCAUUUGACGAAAAUUAUCAAUAUCAUCAGCAAGUGGGCAAUUCCCAUCUGCGGAGCCCAAAGAUACCAAUGGCAAAGAAUUACAUGUCCCCAACUAUAUCUGCAACGUCCAAGGCCAUUUCUUCAAGAAAGAACAUCUUAGGCGAAAGAAAUGAGGCAUCUGAACCCAAUUUUUCCAAUACCCUUGUUGAAAAGUUCCCCCAUAUAGGUACUGAUAAUGGUAAUGAUUCUUUAUCCCAAUCCUUGCCAUUAACCCCUUCAGUUUUUCAAUGCCAUGAUGAUGGUAAAGCUCUUUCUGAUAGUCUGUCUUCAAGGCCUUAUGACCCUAUAACUAAUUACCUUUCUCCGAGGCCUCAAUUUCUCCGGUACAACCCAAAUAGGCGCCGGGAGCGUUUUCUUGGCCUAGAAUAUGGUGGUACUGAAAGAAAUGAAGACUUGGGUAUUAGCAGAAGUGGUUCUUUCGAUUCCCAGAAUGCUAUUGAUGAGGAAGCUGGAACUAUUACCACUCCAAGUUCUUUGGCUUCUUCUCGUCAGGAUGGUCUUCUUAGCAGAAGUGGUUCUUUCAAUUCCCAGAAAGCUACUGAUGAGGAUGCUGGAGCUGUUACCACUCCAAGUUCUUUCGCUUCUCCUCGUCAGGAUGAUCUUCUUAGUAUAAGUGUUUCUUUCGAUUCCCAGAAAGCUAUUGAUGAGGAAGCUGGAGCUGUUACGACUCCCGGUUCUUUGGCUUCUCCUCGUCAGGAUGGUCUUACUAUGCAAGGAGAUGAAGAAGUUGAGGUGAGUGAUGGAGAAAUUGAGGAGAGUGAUGAGGAAAUUGAGGAAAGUGAUGAGGAAUAUGAGGAGGUGAAGGAAGAGAAGAAUGGUUGGAAAUUGAAAGGGCUUUUAAAAAGUUUGCUUCUUUUGUUGGUUCUAGUACUCUUUACCUCACAUAUAUCUACUAUAAAUCAUCAAACAGUCUUUGAAGGCAUUCAAGAUGAUGGGUGCAUUCAGAACCAUACACUUGAAGCUGCUUUAUUUAAGAAACUUGAAAGUGGAGGUAUGUUUUGGGAUGAAAAAGAAGAAAGACAUAUGGGUUUGGUGGAAAUAGGGGUUGAGGAGGGAAAGUUGGUUGAAUUUGGGAGUGGAAGUGAAGUUAUGGGUCAAGGAGAAGAAGAAACACGAAUGGAUUCAUUGGAAGAAGUGUUUGAGCUAAAAGAUGAAGAAAUUGAAGCUAUGGAAGUGACUGAACAAGAAGAGAAUGGAGUAAUGGAUGAGUUUGGUGAAAAACAAGUAGAAGAUAGUGACGAAACUUUUGAUCAAAUGGCUGAGAAUUCUGAUAAGAUACCUGGUGAGGUUGAUCACCUCAAUCUAGUGUCUGAUGUUUCAAAUGAUCUUGAAGAAGAAGGUGAGGUUGCAGUGGAGCAAAUUGAUGGAAUUGUGGAGAACAAAAUGGAGGAAGGACUAGAAGAAUAUUUCACAAACAUGAUAGCUGAACCUGCUAUGUCAGAGACCAUGGAUAAUGACAAUCUAGUGUCUGAUGUUUCAAAUGAUCUUGAAGAAGAAGGUGAGGUUGCAGUGGAGCAAAUUGAUGGAAUGGUGGAGAACAAAAUGGAGGGAGGACUAGAAGAAUAUUUCACGAACAUGAUAGCUGAACAUGUGUCAGAGACCAUGGAUAAUGAUGAUGAUGCAGGCUUUGAUGAGAUUCUCAAGUUAGAAGCAGAAGGGAACUGGAGGGAGGAGCUAAUCACCCACAUGAAAUUGAAAACAUUUUAUACAGCUCUUGUUGGGGUUUCCAUAUUUUCUGUGAUUGUUGCAUCUCUGGUGUUGGCGUUUCGCUUUAAGCAAAGGAAUGGUACAAAAAAGGGUUCUUCUGUGAUUGAAAAUCCUUGUGCCAAACGUCUGAUAAUAGAGCAGAAGAAAAUCAACGAGAAGGUUUCUUCUCUGCCCUUGAAGCCGUAUUCAGAACCUGUGACAGCAGAGAACUACAAGCCAGUACUUCCCAAUAGGGUAGAAGACAGCAGCAUUGAGCAUGUUUACUCUUCUUUCAGAAGGAUGUCUUUGUCUUCUAAGCAUUCAACUGAAGCAGCUUCUGAAGAUAAUUACCAUAGCCAGGCACCGGCAGUUGAAUUGCUUGCUGAAUUUGUGGUUGGAGAGGUCAACAGCUCAUUAAGGACUUGUAGUAUGAAAAACCAGAUCACAGAAAGUGAAGAAAGCAACUAUUCUGUUUCUUCAAAGAAGAAAUUGGGGAGCAAGGUUCAGUCUGUUUCUUUUCAAGUGCAUCCGAUUGCGUCAGAGUUUUCUUCCAUGGAUUGCCCUUCAAAUGGAAGCUAUAUUACUCCUCAGAAGAUCAUAAAGAAAAAGGAGGGUGGAAAAGAUGAAGAAGUUACAACUCCGCUGAGACGAUCAAGCAGAAUUCGCAACCGAACAGUCAUGUCUCCAUGA